AUGGACUUUGAGGACAUGUGCACCGAAGUUGAAAGCCUUCAUCAGAAGAUCAAAUUCAUAGAGAAACAUGCGGAAUCAGUUCAAAGGCGCGGACUUCUGGCAGAAGAACAAGCACGCCGACGGGCCGAGUUACUUGAAGACCUUAUACAGGAGGUAGACGCCAGCCGAAAAGAAAACAACCUCCUUGCGACACAACUAGCUAGCUUGCAAGCUGAGAUUAAGUCGUUUAGUGAAGAAGACGCCUGCCACUCUAUUCGUCGUCUCUAUCACGACCUCCGACAUUGGUCUCAUAUCGCGGCACUAAUGUUUACGACAUUUUGGGUCCGAUUUAUGGUGGGAUAUGGACCUUCUUGGAACAACUAUCUUUGUGGUCUGGACCAAGAGGUUAGGGGACUUUAUAGAUCGCACCGAACAAGCCAGCUAAGCGACCUCAUCCAGCGGUGUGUCCAACUGAAACAAAGCCUGGAGUGCCAAGAUGGCGCCUAUAUCUUUCGGCGAAGUCAUCCUCGAAUGCCUUUCCGAGAUGAGAACAUGCGAAGCCUCGUGGAGGAGGUGGGUUCAAAUGACACUGUGGAGUACAGCGUAUGGCCUGGUCUUUACCAAAUUUUACAGCCAGGGAACUGGGCAGUUGUAGAAAAAGAAAUCGUCAAAACAACAUCUUCGAGAAUCGACACACUAUCAAUGACUGAUGAGCCGGAAGGGCGAUCAGAAGAGCAAUGGUUGGAGGAGAUAUAG